CAAAAGAAAAUUGAAUUAUAUACUUACUUUUAUCCAUUUGUAUAUAUGUAAGGUCCAAAUAAUCCGAACAGUACCAUAAAGGCUGAGCAGCUAGCUCAGCACUUGCAAGAUUUGUAGUUGCCUGUCACUAUUGUGACGAGAAUCAUGCACAAAACUCUUCCUAUGCAUGCAACAAUUAAUGAUGAUGCAGUAGAGGCAAUUCAAAAAAUCAUGAGCUAUUUCAUUCAUCGUAUCACCAUAAAAGCUAAUGAAUACUAUCAUAUGGAUAAAAGAAAGAUUGUGACAGCUGAAGAUAUUAUUUGGGCUAUGAACAAUGUUGGUUUGCAUAACUAUGGAGAGCUUCUAACCCAUUACCUCCACAAGUAUCGUCAAGAGAAUUCUAUGCACUAUUUGUGGUCUAAUGUUAUGCAGCCUAAUGCUCCAUCAUCUCUAAUUUUUUCCAUCAACAGUGUACCAAUGAUGAGUCAUGGGUACCCGCAUUUUUCACCAAAUGUGUUGCUCAAUGAUCUUGUUGUAGCUGUCAUGUCAAACGUCAGGAAGGAAAACAUAGUGGCGGAGAAUGAUGAAGAUCCGGAUAGUUCUGAGUCAUCUUCUUCAUGAAUUACAACUAACUAUGGCUUGUCUACGAACAAUUUCAAUCCAGUUGGAAUAUGUUUUAUGUUUUAUCAUUUGAACUUUAUUUGAAGCAUUGUAUGAACAAUUAGUUUCUUGUUAUGUUUUCAAGUGUUUGUGCUUCUAAAUAUCCUUGUUAAAAACUCUAUGUUAUGUACUUGUAAGCUAUCUAUGUUUUAAUAAAUACUCCUUCCGUUC